GCGGGCGCGCCAGAGUUGCAGCGGUGCGCUCUUCGGGUGAUGCACAUGUGGUCUUGCACCUCUCCAGCGGAGAGGAGAUGGGCAGUCCACAAGGGCAUUCACACGAAGGAGCGCAACCAGUUGGCGUUCGAGAAGGUCGUUCAACUCGUUGAGAUCACCACAAAUGUGCGGUUUAUGGAGUAUCGGCGGGUUGGAUGCGGUAUUGUGCUGCCAUGGCAGCGGGACGAGGGCAUGCUGGAUUGCCAGUCAGGACUCGAGGUGGAUCCUGUGCGGACGGGCACGUGUAGGGGGAUGACGGGGGAGGAGAUUGCUCGUCAGGUUGCGCUUAUUACCCGGGAUCCCAUCAGGGCCUCCGCACCACCCUCUGCUGAUGUCGUUUUCGGUAGACGUGCUUGCAUUUUUUGUCCCUACCCCAGGGAGGACGACUCGGACGAGGAGCCGGUGCCCGAGGCGGCAGAUGACCCUGCGCUCCGCAUGCCCCGCGAGAUCGACAAGACGCACGACGAUCCCGACUCCGAGGAGGCAAGGGCACACACUGCACGACGGGCAGCGGACCGGGCGGACGAGGAGAUGCUGGGGGGAGGGGAGGAGUUUUGGGGCCCAUUGGGGGAGGUCGCUUCCACAGGCGGCACAGAGGCGCGGGUGACGACCCCCACUCCGACGAGUCCGGCAGCUGAAGUUAUGAUCACCUUUCCCGGGGAUAUUGCAGGAGGAGGGGGCACCAUCGGCAGCAGCAGUGGAGGAGGGGAUGGCACCACCGGUGGUGGACGACGCGACGAUCGCAGCCGAGGUGGACGAGAUAGCAGCAGCAGCAGUGCUGGAGGAGUUGGCAGCAUCAGUGUUGGAGGAGGAGGCACCGGCGGCAAGAGGAGCAGCAGCAGUGGAUGGGCAGGUGGCAGCAGCAGGAGGAGCAGCUGGAGGAGCGACAACAAUGGAGUCGAGGAGGCAGUAGCAGUAGAGGAGGAGGAGGCACCGUCGGCAGCUGCAGUGGAGGGGGGGGCGGUGGAUGAGGCUGUGCAGGCAGGACAACGGCGAGACGAGGGGGCUGUAGACGCACGACUCGUGGUCCAGGAGACAGCGAUGGGUCUUAUCGUUCCGUUAUCAGGCCUGCACUUGGCUCAGGGCCGACAGUCGCAUGCGGUUCAGAUGGCAGUGCAUGGUGUGCCACCGCCCGUUAUCACAGAUUUGGGGUCCGAGCCGGUGGUUGUGGCCCCACGUCUUCCUAGCCACUUUGCUCCGCAGGAGGUCCGUCGUCCUUUGGAUGCAGAGGAGUUGGCGAGAGAGGCUGUGCGCGAUGUUACUCGAUUGGACCGGCGGAUCUUCGACCAGAGGCUCGAGCAUCCAGCGUGGCAGGCGAUCCCUUCGGUUCCAUGGGCUCAUGCGUCGCCCGUGUGGUCUGGGUCUACCUCCACCGGGGGACGUGUCGCGGGGCAUGUUCAGGGGGUUUCGGGAGGAGUGACGGAGACAGCGCCAGGCACAAGAGACAUGCCACCCCCUCCUCCUAGACCACCUGUAGGUGAUCCAUCAUUGUCGCCCACAGGCAGAGGCUCUCGAUCCCCUCACACGCCUCGGAGAUGUAGGAUUCGUGACAUGACAGCAGUUCCGCGGGACGUGUGUGACAGUGACACGACGACGACCGUGGCGAGGGAGGUACCAGCAUCAGGUUGUGAGCCUCAGCGAGGUCGUGGUAGAGGAGUGUCCAGUGAGAGCUUGGAGUACGCUUUGAGAGCAGCGACGCGUGCCGUGCAGGAGCAGACUCCACGCAAGCGUGGAGUGCCUCCUCAUCCACGCCCCGUGCCUGCAGCGGGAGGCGCUGCACUUGGAGAGAGUUCAGGGGCGGAGGGGUUGGGGAUGCCUCGUGGAUCCCGCAGUGAGCAGACGGUUGCAGAGGCUAGUGCGAGGGUUGUUGUAUUGAGGAAGGGAGGAGACUCUGUCACCAUCGAGGAGGAGGAUCCUGAUACGGAUGCGGCUGUGCGGGAGCAGGACGAGGACUAUGAGGGCAAGGAGGAGGGAGAGGAGGAGAGCAAGAGCGGUUCCGAUGGUGACGACGACGACGACUACGAUGAGCCCCCACCUCCCCCAGGACCCCCACCGACGUGUGCAUCUACACGCUCCGCUGCGCGGACUUCUUCAUCCGCACGAGGGAGAAAGAGGUCGACAUCCGGCUCUCAAGGGGGUACGAGGAGACAGAGCGGGAAGGGGAAGAAGGGUCGUUAACCGAUGAGGCCAACAUUCCGCUUCUCCCCUACUCGCACUGUACUUCGUCAUGUUGUGCGAUCCUAGUUUUUUUUAUCGUCUCGUCUUGUCUUACUAUUGUUAGACACUA